UUUAUUAUUUUGAUAGCAAACUGACAUAAAUACCUUAACCUCACUUAUUAUUUUAAUAUGUUUAUAUUGUUUUAUAAUCAAAAAACACCAAAAACUUUAUAAUAAACAUUAUGGGGCUGAUGUCAAACGCCUCCUCGACACUAGACCGAUUUUUCAAAAGAAAAUUCGUUAGGUUUGGAUUGCCCUUUUUAAUUCUUAUGGUAGGCAGUUCAUUCGGGCUAAAGGAGUUCACAAAACUAAGGUAUGAAUUUAAGAAAGUCAGUCCGGUAUCCCAUGAAGAGGCCAAAAAGAUGGGAGUAGAAAUGAAGAAACCGGGAGAGGUUACUUUGGAAGGCGAGUAUGAGAAGCUUAAAAGCAUGGAUAUUGAUAAUUGGGAGCAAGUGAGAGGGCCCAGACCAUGGGAAGAAACCGCAGAAAAAUAGUUAGUAGGUCAGAUUGUUAUUUUAGUUAAUUAAAUGUUGUUCUUAAUA